CAAAGAUUGGGACACCACCACGUUGGGACAACACAUGUGAGAGGAGGCCGAGGGUCUGCUAUCUAUCACCUCUGCCUGCAGCUACUCCUGCCUUUGCUGUUUUCAGAUUCAGAAACGAGAUCUGGAGAGCGGAGACGACUAGCUGCAGCUGCUCGACUAGCCGGCUGCCGUCUUCUUCCUCCCCCUCCCCGACCUACACUCUGCAAAUCUGAUCUCGCCCUCUCCCUCUCCUGCGCACCCCCUGAUAGUUGCUGCGAUUAGUCAGCGACUCAAAAAUCUUUGGUGCCAAGGCUUUUCCAGCUAUGUCUUUCAUGAUUACUCAUGUAACUGGGAAGCUGGGUCCAGACGUCCAGUUGCCUUCUAGUCCUAAAUAACAUGCUUACUCUUGUUUCAAGGGCACUCUACUCGCCGAGUGUAACUGUUAAUGGGUCGUCAAGCUAUUGCUGCACGGAAUGACCUCGAGCACAUGCUAUCUGACGAAAACGAACAGCCAAAGGCCUUGCCAUUAUCACUUUUGGAAGACAUCACAGAUGGUUUCUCUGAGAACCGUCAAAUUGGCAGCGGUGGGUUUGCGGUAGUUUAUAAGGGAGAGCUUGAGAAUGGGACCGUUGCUGUGAAGAAGCUGUUUGAAAGGCUUGAUAUUCCUGACGAUAAAUUUAAUGAAGAGAUUCGUUGUUUGAUGAGGGUGAAGCACAAAAAUGUAGUACGUUUUUUGGGCUAUUGUGCUAACACACAAGGCGAAAUAGUAGACCGUGAUGGAGGUGUUAUCAUGGCACAUGGACGUCAAAGGUUGCUCUGCUUUGAGUAUGUACCUAAAGGAAGUCUUGAUGAGUAUAUCAAAGAUGCAUCUGAUGGACAUGACUGGAUUAAGACCUAUGAGAUAAUAAAUGGCAUUUGUGAAGGUUUACAUUACCUUCACCAGAAUCAUAUUGUUCACUUAGAUCUCAAGCCCGCAAAUAUUCUGCUGGAUGGCAAUAUGAUGCCAAAAAUUACUGACUUUGGGCUAUCAAGGUGCUUUGAUGAGAAGCAAACCCAAGCUAUUACCAAAAAUAUGGCUGGCACAUUAGGGUAUAUCGCACCAGAGUUUUAUAAUGGAUACAUACACACGAUCACAUACAAGUCGGACAUAUAUAGUCUUGGUGUCAUAAUUAUAGAGAUGCUGACUGGAAAGAAGUGGUAUCCAGCAUAUCCUGAUGUUCAUAAUGUACUUGAAAGUUGGAUGAAUAAGUUGGGGAAAUCACAGCAGGACACACAACUGAAACAGAUACGGUUAUGCACCGAGCUAGGGAUAGAGUGCACUGAUGGUAAACAAGCGAACAGGCCAGAUACAACGCAUAUUAUCACUAGACUUGGUGAAACAGAAAAUGCAUACAUCAUAACUGGUGUGAGUAGUUCAACGGUACCACAGGUAGAAAGGACUUUAGAAAAGCCGGAGGAUGGCACCAACAACUUGCUUCCGAGGAGGAAUAUUGUUCAUCUCAUGAAUGAUAAUGCCGAGAAAAAUGUUACUCCUUGGCAGGGGGCAGCUAAGAAUCUUCAUGCAACCCAAGAAUCUCUCAAUGAUAAUCAUCAUAUUGUUGCAGUCGAGUCUGGUUCAUCUACUGAGAAUCUUCAUGCAACCCAAGAAUGUCUCAAUGAUUAUCAUCACAUUGUUGCAGUCAAGUCUGGUCCAUCUAUGUCUGCUGAGGACUGUAACCUUAGAGAGGCCCAAAAAUGUCUCAAUCAUAAUCUUCACAUUUUUGCAGACGAGUUUGGUCCAUCUAUGUCUGUUGAGGCUCGUAACCUUCAAGAGGCUCUCCAACUCAUUAAAGAUGAUCCAGUGGGAGUGAUUGGAAUAUGGGGUCCAGGUGGAGUGGGGAAAACACACCUUUUGGACAAUAUAAAAAAGUCACUUGAUGGAAACAUGACCUUUAACUAUGUUUUAGAAGUGACAAUUUCAAGGGGGCGUUCGGUGGAAAAGAUCCAAACUGAUAUUGCACAACAACUCAAUCUGGAUGAAUUCAAGAAAGAUUCUGAUGUGCAAUUUAGAUGUUGUGUCAUUUAUAAUUUUUUGAAGAAGAGAAGCUUUCUUAUAUUGUUAGAUGACCUUUGGGACCAAAUUGAUCUGCAAGCAGUUGGCAUACCAUAUCCUCUUGGAAGUGUAAACCAAAUCAGGAGAAAAGUGGUACUCACAACUAGAUCAAGAAAAGUUUGUGGUCAAAUGGAGGUGAGAAAAGAAUUAAAAAUAGCUUGUCUGCAGGAGGAUGAGGCAUGGCAACUAUUCAAAAAGAAUGUCGGUCAUGAAACUUUUUCUUAUAAUCCCUGCAUUGAAACUCUUGGAAAAGAACUUGUGAAGGAAAUGAAGGGAUUGCCAUUAGCUUUGGUAACUAUAGGACAGACAAUGUAUGCAAAAACUGAUACGGCUGUGUGGGAAUAUGCCAUCCAAUAUAUGAAACAGUCAUGUUGUGUUAAUGAUGACCCGCUAGAUAUGGAAAAAGUUGUUUUCAGGCAGGUAAAGUUUAGUUUUGAUAGUUUACGAAACAACAUUUUGAGGAAAUGUUUCUUGACUUGUGCACUGUGGCCAGAGGAUCAGAAAAUUCCUAGAGAAAUGCUCGCUCGAUGUUGGAUUGGCUUAGGUCUCGUGUCUGAACCAAACAUACAAAGUUCCUACAGAACAGCAUAUUAUCUGAUGGGCGAACUUUCAGCUGCAUGCUUGUUAGAGCAGGACCAUGGAAUUAUAAUGUUCAAUGAAUAUCUUGGAAUGCAUGAUUAUGUUAAAAUGCAUGAUGUGGUUCGUGACAUGGCUUUAUGGAUCGCUUGUGGCUGCGGUAAGAAUAAUAGCAAGUGGUUUGUCCGCGCAGGAGUUGGUUGGGACGAAAAAAUUAACAUCCCUUGGAGUCAAGUUGAAUGUGUCUCAUUGAUGAUGAACUGGUUGUUGGAUUUUCCUCCUGUUGACUCUAAUCCUUGCCACAUGAGGAUGUUAUGCCUUGGAAAUGACGACUUGAGUAGAUUACCAUAUUACGAAAUCAGAAAAUUCACUUCACUGACAUACCUGGAUUUGAGCUUCAACAAGCUGGGUUUCAUACCUAAAGAAUUAUGUUCCUUGGCAAACCUGGAACACCUUGAUUUAUCAGGAAAUAGUGAUAUAAAAGUAGUGCCUCACUGUUUUGAAAACCUCAUUAAUCUCAAGUUCUUGUACCUAGAAGAGACUAGGAUACAGAUGUUACCAGAGGGGGUCAUAUCUAAACUUCAAGCAUUGCAAGUAAUAGAUAUCAGAACCCAUCAUUGUUUGCGACGUCCAUUUUCUGAGAACAUUAGAAUGCUUCGAGAGCUGUGCACCCUAACCAACUUGAAAGCAGUUGGUAUCUAUGUGGAGUAUCUAUGUGCACUACUAAGAGAAGGUGCUGACCUCCCGAUCAGGUAUUUAAUUCUGGAGGAUCAUGAGACACGUGAACUCAACUUCUCUGAUAUUCUAUCACAUGACUUUGCACGAAGGACCUUGUAUGAACUAAAAAUUCACAUGCUAAACUUGGAUCAAAUAAUAACAAGAAAAGAGUUGGCACUACCAAGCUGUUGUUUUGGUGCUCUCAAUCAGCUCCAAUUAUCAGAGUUUGAUAACUUAAGAGAGAUAACUUGGAUGGAAACAUGUCCAGCAUCUCUAUUCCCAAAGCUCACGUGUUUGUUUGUGGACUACUGGCAAGAGCUAAAACACCUCUCUUGGGCGAUGUAUCUGCCUUGCCUCGAACAACUCCACAUAUUUAACUGUAAUGUGAUGCAGCAACCAUUUGUGAUGAACCAUGAUGAUAACAAGUUCGGCGAACAAGACAGUUCAAAGACAUUUCCUUGCCUCAAAUAUCUGACAUUUUCAUGGUGCUCAUCGCUGGUCAGUAUUGGUGAUCCUGAUGUGACAUUCCCAUCCCUAGAGCGACUGGAGUUCCAACAUUGUGCAGAAUUGAAGAGUCUUCCUUUCAACAUGGACAACUUGCCACGAAACCUGCAGUUUGUGCAGAUUGAUGUUAAAUCCUGGGAGAGAAUGAAAUGGGAAUUGGAAGGUGGUGUCAAAUCUUUCCUGGAACCCAAGCUUAAAUUGUAUGGAGUACCAUGAGCAAUCCGUCCAUUCCACUCCAUGCUUCUUUCUGUGCGCAGCAAGGACAGGCAACUGUAUCAGUAUCUCGUCUUGGAGUUUUAUCGUGCAUGCAUGUUUAUGCAAUGUGAUGGGAGAUGCUUCCUUUUGGCUCCCGAGUUGUAUCCAUGCUUCCUGUUGGCGUGUUGUAAUAAUAAUUCUUAGCGACUUGUCUGGAGGUGUUUCGAUUUGUGUGCAGUUUGAUAAAAUUAGCUAUGAACUAAAUGUGUGCAAUUUGUAUUCUUAUUUCAUGAUUAUUGAAGUGUGCAAGUGCUACAUUUUGAGGGGUUGCACAUCCUUUU